AUGUCCGCCAACCAUACCGGGUCACCGAAGCCAGUGCUCCCAAACAAGGGACGCACGGCGGUUGGUACCCUCGCUCCAUGGGGCGAGCCGGCGUGGUUCAACGCUCUUGAAAGCCCAUACUAUAAUGACUCUCACCGGAGGUUCCAAGCAUACGUGCGGGAUUUUGUCGACACCCACCUGCUACCAUACGCACAGGAGUGGGAGGCCGCCGGCGAGUGCCCCUUGGCCGCCAGACUGCAAUUCGCCAAGUCCGGUCUUGCUUUCCUGGACGUGCCCAGGGAGUACCGGCCGAGGGAGCUCAUGACAAUCGCGGGGAUCCCAUUCGACGAGCUCGACGUCUUUCACGAGCUCAUCCUGAUGGACGAGAUGGCCCGCAUCCCCAGCGGGGUGCCCCUCGCGCUGGCGGGGGCGUCGAAUGUGGGUGCCCCGCCUAUCUGGACGGCGGGGACCGAAGAGCAGAAGAGACGGUGGCUGCCGGGGCUUUUCACAUGGGAGACGAGUUUCUGUCUUGCCAUCACGGAGCCGACGGCCGGCAGUGAUGUGAGCGCGAUACGAGCCACUGCUGAGAAGACUGCCGAUGGGAGAUUUUACGUUGUCAACGGGCGUAAGAAAUGGGUUACCGGCGCGCCGUGGGCGACUCAUAUGACUACCGCUGUACGGAUGUGUGAGCCUGGUCGAAGUGGCAUUUCACUUCUCGUGGUACCUCUGAAUUCGCCAGACAUCACAAUCAGGAAGAUCCACAACUCCGGUCACAACGCGGGCGGCUCAUCGUGGGUCAUUCUGGAGAACGUGAAAGUCCCGGUCGAUCACUUACUGGGGAAAGAGAACGGCGCCUUCCCCAUCAUCAUGCGCAACUUCAACAAAGAGCGCUUCAUUUUGACAGUGGACUGCAAUAGGCAAGCCCGAAUUUGUCUCUCGGAAGCGCUGCAGCAUGCGCACGAUCGCGAGACAUUCGGAAAGCCGCUUGCCUCCCAUCAAAUUAUCCGCCAUAAGCUCACCACCAUAGCGCGUGAGGUUGAAGGGCAUUGGGCUUGGUUGGAGCAGAUAGCAUACCACGUAAAGAUCCACGGCUGGCAGACCAAGGACGUCGCCAGCAGAAUCGCGCUUGCCAAGAUCCAGGGCGGCAGAAUGGUUGAACAGGCCGUCAGGGAAAGCCAGCAGAUACACGGCGGAAUGGGUUUCGAAAAAGGCGUGACAAUGACUGAGCAAAUUUCACGCGACCUGCGUCUGAAAGUCAUUGGCGGGGGAAGCGAGGAGAUCCUGAGCGAUCUUGCAUGGCGGGAAGAGCACAAACGGACUUCAGGCCUAGGCGCAAAACUCUAG